UUUGACUUCUUCGUCUUCAUCUUUCCCUGUCCGUCCCUCAGUGCUGACGGCACCUACGAAGUCUCCUUCUACUCCAACGCGGUGGUCUCCAACAACGGCGAGGUGGCUUGGCUCCCUCCCGCCAUUUACAAGUCGGCCUGCAAGAUCGAAGUCCGCGACUUUCCGUUCGACCAGCAGAACUGCACCCUCAAGUUUCGCUCAUGGACGUACGACCACACCGAGAUCGACCUCAUCCUGCUGAGUGACUUUGCCAGCCGCGACGAUUUUAAACCCAGCGGCGAGUGGGAUAUCGUUUCGCUGCCGGGACGCAAGAACGAAGACCCGGAUGACAUCAGGUACCUGGACAUCACUUACGACUUCAUCAUUAAGAGAAAACCUCUCUUCUACACCAUCAACCUGAUCAUCCCUUGCAUCCUGAUCACAUCUUUGGCCAUUCUGGUCUUCUACCUGCCAUCAGACUGCGGUGAGAAGAUGACGCUGUGCAUCUCUGUGCUCCUGGCCCUCACUGUGUUUUUACUCCUUAUCUCAAAGAUUGUACCACCCACGUCUUUAGCGGUGCCUCUGAUCGGCAAGUACCUGAUGUUCACCAUGGUGCUGGUCACCUUUUCCAUCGUCACCAGUGUUUGCGUGCUCAACGUGCACCAUCGCUCCCCUAGUACGCACACCAUGCCUCCCUGGGUCAAACGUGUCUUCAUGUACCGACUUCCCUCCUACCUUUUCAUGCGGAGACCAGGCAGAUCCAACAUACGUGAAAGGUUCCGGAAAAAACACCAACAGCGAUCGUACUCCGAGAAGAAAGCGGGAGCAGAUGCGGGGGCAGGUUCUCUGGGACUGGCGGACUCCUCGUCGUCCUUCUAUGUCAACGAGGAAUCGGCCAAACGCUACGGCUGGACGUUCAGCGACUUUGCCGACAACACAGAGUUCAGGAGGAGGGCGACGCUGAAAAGCAGCAUCGAUGUGGAGGAUGCCGUGGACGGUGUGCGCUACAUUGCGGACAAGAUGAAGAGUGAGGACGACGAUGAAGGGAUCAUUGAGGACUGGAAGUACGUGGCGAUGGUGAUCGACCGCCUCUUCCUGUGGAUCUUUGUGUUUGUAUGUGUGGUGGGAACUGUGGGCCUCUUCAUGCAGCCUCUGUUCCAGAGCUACAACACCCCCAUUGUUGAAGACAUGGACCAGAACUGAGGGAUGACCCCUGGACAUAAAAAAAAAAAAAAACAACAAAAAAAUCAACCUUAAUUCCGACUCCACUCUGCAAAGCGCCAAGCCACUCCUUUUAUCAAGUUACAGUUUGUCCACCUCACCUGCCACUCUUGAUGCACUUUAGCCCUCUUCCUUAACACCUGCUCCUGAACUCACGCCCCAGCCUUUUUA